CCAAAUUCAUUGACGAAAUGAAUUCCAGUAUUCCACCAACAAGUCUGUCUCUACCAAAGAUUAUUGCCAAUAGUUCAAAUCCUAAAUGCCCAACACGAAGAAGGCACAUAUCGAUUUAGAAAAGGCGAUUCUCCAGCGGAUUCUCCAUGUGGUGGACAGACCUGAGAGCAGCUCUGGGGCAAAGGUUUAAUGUUCAAGGAAUUGCUUCUUCUCUUCUGGUUUUCACUAAAGACAGGAAUUUGAUGAUCCCACACAUCUCAGUGCCAGAUAUAAGGUAUAUUGAUUGGGAUGAGCUGAAGAGAAGAGGCUUUGAAGGGGUGGUGUUCGAUAAGGACAACACAAUCACUGCUCCUUACUCUUUAGGGUUGUGGCCGCCUCUGGAAUUAUCCUUUCAACACUGCAAAUCUCUCUUUGGCAACAACAUAGCAAUUUUCAGCAACUCUGCAGGAUUACUUGAAUAUGACCCUGAUGGCAGAAGUGCUUUGGUUCUUGAGGGUACAAUUGGAAUCAAAGUAAUCAGGCAUAAGAUGAAGAAGCCGGCUGGAACGGCUGAAGAAAUUGUACAACACUUUGGCUGUGACUCCUCAAAACUUAUAAUGGUUGGUGAUCGACCCUUCACAGACAUAGUGUAUGGAAACAGAAAUGGCUUUCUUACCAUUUUGACAGAGCCAUUAAGUCUUGCUCGGGAGCCAUUGGUAGUACGACAGCUUAGGGUAAUAGAAAGGGCCCUUCUGAAACGUUGGUCUGCGAAAGGGUUGAAGCCAAAAACUCACGAACUUCUUCCUGAUAACAUGCUGAGUGUAAAAGACAAACCUCUAUAGGAAGAAGAAAUAUGUUUAUAGUGAAACAAGAACUGUACCUGUAUCUAUCAUCUCCAUUAGUGGCUGCUAUUUAUGGAAGAGCAAAGAAAUGUAUAUAUCUCUGACUCAUCAUCUUAGCUUGAGUUUUGUCUUUGCGGAUAAAGGAGUAAUUAGGAGCGCUAAUUUCCAUUGGUUCAUUCUCCUUGAAGGAGCAAAGGGAAGGACCGUCGAUAUGAAUUCGAGAGCAAAAUCUGAAUGGGUUUUCUGUUGGAAAGGUUUUGAAAUUGGGAGCUAGGGCAAAGACUUGCAAUAUGAGAUUUUUAUGAGUAUCAUUUAUCUCUCUCUCUCAUUCACCAUUUUUGAGCUGCUAAGGAUGGAGCUCAUCACAAGCACCAUGAGGAAGCAUGCUUCUUUCUUCACCUUUGCUACAAUGGUGGCUUUGUUCUCCCACAGUUUGGUCAUCCCUGUAAUGUCCACCGCUGAGUAUUACUCUCCUAAACCCACCAC